AUGCUCACAAGAGGUUUCCAGACUUUAGUCUCUUCAUCGUCCAGCAGUAUCAAUCGCAUAGCUCAGAGAAGCAUGUCCACUCAAUCCGUUUACAUUGUUUCAGCCUCACGGACACCCGUCGGAUCCAUCAACGGGUCGUUAUCGACUCUGAGUGCUCCUCAACUCGGAGUUGUGGCUGUCAAACAUGCUCUCGAGAAGGCUGGUGUCAAACCGGAUCAAGUCGAGGAGAUUUACAUGGGAAAUGUGGUUCAAGCUGGUGUUGGGCAAAGUCCAGCGCGUCAAGUCGGCUUGGGAGCAGGCAUUCCCGAAUCUACCGACGCGACUACCAUUAACAAGGUCUGUGCUUCUGGAAUGAAGUCUAUCACUUUGGCUUCUCAGGCUAUUCAGCUUGGUCAGCGGGGAAUCAUGGUGGCUGGAGGUAUGGAGAGCAUGUCGAAUGCACCCUUCCUUGUUCCCCGACGAAACCCUGCUUUUGGCAACAUGGAAGCCAAAGAUUCUCUCGUGUCCGAUGGAUUAAACGACGUCUAUCACAAAUUCCCAAUGGGCAAUUGCGCCGAAAACACUGCCGAAAAGCUUUCCAUCACUCGGGAAGACCAGGACGAUCAUUGUCUAUCAUCUUACACUCGGGCAGAGGAAGCGUGGUCAAAAGGCUUGUUCAAGGAUGAAAUUGCUCCGGUCACCGUCAAGGGACGUAAAGGAGAUACCGUGGUGGAAGAGGACGAGGACUACAAGAAGCUGUUAAAGGACAAGUUCAGGAACCUCAAAGGAGCCUUCAAGAAGGAAAAUGGAACAGUCACCGCUGCCAAUGCAUCUACGUUGAACGAUGGUGCCAGUGCAGUCGUUUUGGCUAGCGGAGAUGUCGUCGAGAAGGAGGGAUUGAAGCCAAUCGCCAAGAUUCUGGGCUAUGCCGACGCCGCUUGCGCACCUAUCGACUUCCCUACCGCUCCUACCCUUGCCGUCCCUAUCGCUCUCAAGAACGCCGGGGUUUCCAAAGACGACAUCGCCCUCUGGGAGUUCAAUGAGGCUUUCUCAGUCGUCGCCGUCGCAGCUGAGAAAGUCCUCGAAUUGCCGAGGGAAAAGGUCAAUGUUAGAGGUGGUGCCGUUGCUCUGGGACACCCCAUCGGAUCCUCAGGUUGCCGUAUCGUCGUCACACUCGCCCACGCGCUCAAGAAGGGCGAAAAGGGUGUCGCUGCUGUGUGCAACGGUGGUGGUGCCGCUACUGCCAUUGUCAUUGAGCGUGUGUAG